AUGAGCAAUGAUAAGCCUCAUAUUCCUCGUGAGUCACUUAUGACACAUAAAGAACGCAAUAUAGCUGUUAGCAAGGAUCCGGACAGUGAUGAAGAUGGUAUAUGUUCUGAACACACCGAGGACUUCUUGAUUAUUGAGAUACAGUCAACACUUGAAAGAAGUCUGAGACGGGGCCAUUCAAGAGACAAUCUCGUUCUUGAACUUAACUCUCUUAAACAUGCAUAUAAUAUACCAAUCGAUGAUCUGCACUUUCUUCUUGUAAAAGCAAUUAUCUCAAUGUCGCUGGCUGAAGCAGGUCUUCCUGUAGAUCUCGACGAUUCGCAAGAGUCAUUUAAAAAAGCCAAAAAAGAUUUCAUAUCGGCUUUUAAGCGCAUCAUGGAAUCAGAUGGGCUAGUGUGCAGUAUGCUCUCUUAUUAUCUACGUGGAUCCCCCGUCGCGGGUUCGGAUACUCAUGUUAGUAGAGAUGCUGAGCGACUUUACCUACAAGCUCUGGAGGACUCGGCUUGCCACGACAGUCUUGUUCUAGAUUCUGGACUACUUUUGAUCCACUAUCUCUACGAGGCCGAACUGAUUAGUGAACCCACUAUUCGCUGGUGGUUAGUCAAUUCUCCUCUUUUGUUAGAUGAUGAUGUGGCAGUGAAGACAUCAAAUCUGCGUACCAGACUCGAACCCUUUAUCCGGUGGCUGGAUGAAGCGGAAGAAGAUGAUAGUUAA